AUGGACUACGAGGCGGGUACUUACCAGAAACUGCCCAUCAAGCAGUACCCAGCUAGGGAGCUAGGGGAGACUGCCGAGGGCCGCUACUGGCGCAGAUUCCUUUCCCCCGCAACAGCGAAGCAGGCUGGGGCCGUCAACUAUCUAGAGUUCUGCCCCGUGCGACCAUACAACCUCGCCGUCACCUCCUCCACACGGGUGCUGGUCUACGAUGGCGCCACCCGCUCCCUACACCGUACCAUCAACCGCUUCAAGGACAAGGCCUACUCCGCGUCCUGGCGCGCCGACGGCAAGCUGCUGGUCGCCGGAGGCCAGGACGGCAUCGUCCAGCUCUUUGACGUCGGCUCCCGCUCCCUGCUGCGUCAGUUCAAGGCGCACAAGCGCCCCGUGCACGUCGCCCGCUUUGACCCCGGGCGCAUGCAUGUGCUGUCCGGCGGCGACGACGCCACCGUGCGCUGGUGGGAUGUUUCCGAGGGCAAGCAGGUGUCGCGCUGGGAGGGGCACUCCGACUACGUCCGCGCCGCGGCGGUGAACCCCGCCGCGCACGGGACGUGGGCCACCGGCGGCUACGACCAUGUCUGCAAGGUAUGGGACGCGCGCAGCGCGCAGAGCGUGCUCAGCGUGGACCACGGCGCGCCCAUCGAGGCCGUCGCCUUCUUCCCCUCGGGCUCGGUGCUGGUGACUGCGGGCGGGACGCAGGUCAGGGUGUGGGACCUGUUUGGGGGCGGCCGGGAGCUGGCCUGCUUGAGCAAUCACCAGAAGACGGUGACGUGUGUCACGGUGUCGCCCAACGCGGGCCCCGACUCCAGCGCUGCGCCUCGCCUCCUCACUGGAGCCCUGGACGGCCAUCUCAAGGCGAGCGUUCGUGAAGGGGUGUACGAGCUGGAGAGGUUCCAGGUGACGCACAUCCAAAAGUACCCCGGCCCCAUCCUGAGCCUGGGGCUGUCGGGCGACGCCGGACUGCUGGCUGUGGGACUUGCAGACGGUACCCUCACCGUGAGGAAGCACGCCAAGCCACGCGCAGACCCUGCCAAGGCGGGCAUCCUCGUCGGCCGACGAAGCAGGAGGGCCCCAGCCCUGACCGCGGCGACCUACCGGUACUUCAUUCGUGGCCAGUCCUCAAAGGCAGCAGCCAAGGACUCGGUUAUCGCAGCUGAACGCAAGGCCGCUCUGGCCACGCACGACAAGUUCCUGCGCAAGUUUAGGUACAGGGAUGCCCUGGACGCCGCGCUCUCCACACGGCGAGCCGAGGUGGUCGCGAGUGUGGUGGAGGAGCUGGCGGCGCGGGGGGGCCUAUCCUCCGCCCUGAGCUCCAGGGACGCGGCUGGCCUGGGCCCCCUCCUGGACCACAUGCGGCGCAACAUCAACGACCCGAGGCACGCGCCACAGCUGGCGGCGCUGGCCCACCGCCUGCUGGACGUGUAUGGUGGGUCGGAGGCGCUGACGGGGAUGCUGCCGGCGCUGACGCUGCUGCUGGAAAGGGUGGAGCUGGAGCUGCGGGCACAGGACGGGCUGACCCGGGUACAGGGCAUGCUGGGGCCCCUGCUCGCGGCCUCGGUGGGAGCAUGCUGA